AUGGCUGACCAAUGUGAUAGUAUUAAGGCUGCCAUCAAUGCUAUGAUGCCAAAUACGGUACAUAGAUAUUGUAUAUGGCACAUGUUAGCAAAGUUGCCUACGAAGUUAAGCAGAGUUCUUGAUGGUAAGAUUGCAAAGGCAGAAUUUAAGGCUUUAUUCUUUGAUAACAUUAAUGUUGUUGAGUUUGAGAGACGAUGGACUGAUUAUAUUAAAAAAUACAACUUAGAGGAAAGGGAUUGGUUUUAUAAGCUUUAUUUGGAGAAGGAGAAAUGGGUUCCUGUAUACCUAAAUGACCACUUUUGGGAUGGGAUGUUGUCCACACAAAGAAGUGAAGGAAUGCAUGCUUUCUUUGACGGAUUCAUCACCCGACAAAGCACUUUGAAGCUAUUUGUUCAGCAAUAUGAGUUAGCCAUAAGAGCUAAGUUCGAGAAAGAAUUGGAAGCUGAAUAUAGGUCAAGGUGCUUUGAACCAAAAUGUUUAUCUGAAUUUGCAUGGGAGGAAAAAUUUCAAACAUGUUAUACUCGUGAAGUGUUUGAGUUUUUUCAAGUACAGUUAAGGAAACUGUACCAUCGUGAAAUCAGCACCCCUGAAGACCAUCAAGCAAUAGCUGGAGUAGAGAAUUACAUUAUCUUAGAUUAUUCGUUCAGGAGAUUUAACACUAGAGAUCCAUUUGUAUUCACGGUUGAAUAUACACCUAUUGGCGAAUAUCUAAGUUGCAGCUGCAAGUGGUUUGAAACAAGAGGUAUUCUAUGCUGCCAUAUACUUAAGGCGUUGUCUCAUAGGAGGAUUAAUAACGUUAAUGAGAGGUAUAUAUUGAGAAGGUGGAGAAAAGAUGUUGUUCGUCCGCACUUGAAACGUUUCUUUCUUGGAGGUUACUCGCGUAUGACUUCUGAAUACAUGAUGUAUAUUGAACUAUUAAAGCAUCUUGAACGAGUUUGUGAUAUUGCAUUGGACACUGAAGUGAUGAGGCGAUAUAUUAAGUAUCAUUUGAACAGAUUGGAGCAUGACCUUUUGAAUUGGGAUGAUGAUCAAAUGAUAAUUCCAGAUUGGGAAUUUGAAGAUACACAUGAUGGUGAGGGUGAGGGUGAGGGUGAGGGUGACGAAGUUCACAAACAGCUAGUGGAAGUGGAGUUAGAGGUAAUAGGAGGGGUAGAGGUGGUUGGUAGAUGUGUUGGCAGAGGUGGUGGUAGAGGCCAUGGUAGAGGCUGUGGUAGAGGUGGUGGCAGAGGUGGUGGAAAAACUGGGCUAGCGGAAGGAAUUGAGCAAGAUGAUGGAACAAUACCACCACAGAGUAGCUUGCCUGAUCUAAAUGAUGAAGCAAACUGGGAGAUAAAAGACUUGACCGUUUAG